AUGGAGGAUCUCGAGACAUCCGCGAUUCUCGACUUUCACGGCAUCCCCGAUGUCGUAACCGUGCAGGUGCAGCAGCAGUAUCUGCAUAUGAAGACAGGCAACUCAAAGCGCUUUCCAGUGUUUAUCCACAUGUUGCUCACAGUGUUUGUGAAUCUUCUAACGACCACCGAUUUGGAUCUUUACAGGCAGCGUAAAGUGCGGCCUAAAGCAGCUUUGGAAAGGAACGAUGAUCACAUUACAUGA